AUGAACCUGUCAGAAGAGCAAUCUUUACAGGUGGACGUCGGGGCUUACGAUUCUUUUUUUCACGUCUUCUACGCAUUCUACGCCUUGAUAUCAGUGAGAAAUUGAAUGAAUAACUCUACUUGACUCAAAGAUUCAAUGUGAAGAAGAGUUUGCAGGUAUCGAGCAACUUUCUGCUGAUUUACUUACUCAAAAACCGAAGUCCCAGCAGGAUGAAAGUGUUCAAAUGGCUUCUCAUCAACACUUCUGUUAGUCAGAUCGGCCUGGCCCUCCUCAACUUUUUUGUGCAGGAAAGGUUUUUUUUCCCAACUUCAGGCCAAGGAUAUGUCAGACCGUGCAGAAUAUUGCCCUCCGGAGAAGUCCUGGCCCUGCUCCCCAUCGGACCGUGCUUCUGGUUCGGCAACAAAGUCUGUUUCGUAGGGUACAACUUGAUAAACGUCUUCAACAUGAUUGUUGGACUCUCGAUUCUCCACUCGAUGUGAGCUGAUUCCUUCGGCCAACUCACCGGUCUCAGGCAUUUCCGGUAUCGGUUGAUCCGAGAGACCCAGGCGGCAGAGAGGAUGCGUCUCGGACGUCCAUUUUUCCUCAGCCUGCUUUUGCCGGCCUUUCUUCUUGUCACGCCUUUUUUCGACAUGUACGGAGAGGCGGAAGUGAUGGAAGAGACUAGGAAUAAACAUCCAAACUAUGUGUUUCACAGGUUUUACAAUUUUUUUGCAAGCCAAGAAUUCGGCACCUUUUUUACGUUUUUAAGUACAAAUCCAACGAAGGAUAAUUUUUUAAGCAAUGAAGCUAACCGUUUUGAAACUUCUUCAUUCUAGAUUUCUGAAUAUAUAAGCUUUCGAGGUAUUUUUUUCAUACUGAAAGAUUGGUUUUUCCAUUCUGUUAAGAAUUUUUUUCAAAUUUUUGUUUCAUAGAAAAAAAUUGAGCUUGAAAAAAAUAUUUUUUUCUACAAAAUAAAAAAGGCUUUUUGAAUUGAACUCCAGAAAUGCAAAAUUACAAAGUCUUCAGUUGCAGUUCAUUCGGCGGAUUCAAGUCGGUAAGAAGUCCGCUGUUCUUGAUAAACUCAGCGAUUCUCUCGGCGACCGCAAUUACUUUGCCUUUGAUCACAUUUUACUGGAGAUGCGCCAUUCUCAAAACUAUCAAAGACAAGCCGAGUUCAUUCAAACAAAGGACGAAAAACAGUUCACGGGCGCUUGUCAAGGUAGUCAUUGUUAGCGUUUCAGUUUGAAGCUAGAUUUCGCUACGGCGCUGUUUCAAAGGCUCAUUCUCGAUAAGAAAAAUGAGAUUUCAAAGGCUCAUUCUGAGUAAGGAAAAUGAGAUUUGAUAAUCCACCUUACAGCGGCACUGCUUGUAUCAUUCUUUUAAGUAGUAUUUAACUUUUAUAUGCAUUUUCUUUGUCAGGAAAACUAACUAUUUCAAUAGAUGCGCGAAAUAUGGAUAUACAAGAUGUUGCCGUAACUCCUUUUUGCCUUGAGAGUCCUUAGAAUAACUGGAUAAUAAGUAGUUGAAACCUCUCAUGAUGAGCUUUGGGAUGAAGCUUUGCGUUUUGCAGGUUCUGACGCUGCAGGCGGUGAUUCCCUCGCUGUGCUAUCUGCCGAUAGCGGUACUGUACCCGUGUGCGCAGUUCCUCGACCUGGAACUUCCGCAGGUUCAAUACCUAACGACGGCGCUUCCGGCCAUGUCCUGCGCCAUCGACCCCAUCCUCUCCAUCUACUUCAUUGCGCCUUACCGCAAAUGGGUGGCCAGUUGCUUCAAGGGUCGGCUCUUGAAGCCUUCUUCUCUCAAGCUCAACCGCCUCUGUCCUUCGACGCUUUCUCACAAUCCUUCGGCUACCAAGAUGUGA